CUACUGUACUCUUUUUUUCCGGUAUCGUCUUCUUCAGUACAGUGUCACUUCACUGUUCCUCCAUUGCAGUCUCCUCUACCGUCACUGAGGAUAUAAGAGAUAAUGACGCUUUUAAGGUCUCGCGAGGUGACUCCGGCCGCAUCUAAGGCUAAAGUCUCUUCUGAAACCCUAGAAAAUCAUGUAUUGGAACCGGCAACUCCAUCGAAAUCUCUUGAGACUUCCGUACAGCCUUUAUGUGACGUGACUCCCACUUCUCCUUCUUCGGCUAGUCGUGACAUUCCUCGUGUUGCUACAAGAAGGAGUUUGAGAUUGGCUUCUAAAAAUGGUUUGAGCGAAAUUGGCGAAAUUUCGAGUAAUAGAGGAAAGUGUAAGGAUUUUGAAAUUGAUAAUGGGUAUACUGGCAAGAGCUUGAAGAGUGACGUUGGUGUAGAAAGUGUGGCUUUGGAUGAAGAUGAUAAGGAUUUUGGGGUUUUACAUAAUGAAUCUGAUGAUAUAGAAAAUUCAGCCUGCAGUGAGGAAAGAAUUGAAUAUGUUAAAAAGGGGAAAGGGGAUAAAAGGACAAGAAUGGAAGUGCAGGGAGAAGGGGACACUAAGUUUUUGAGUUUGCGGUCAGGAAAGAAAAUCUCUAAGAGAGCAGUUGAAGAAUGCAGUGGUGGCUCUGUCGGCGAUACUGGAAGUGUUCAGAAUGAUUGUGAUGAGAAGUUGUCUCAUGGAAAGCUAAGUGAAGGAAUGUUAAACAGUUGCGGUUCAGAUGGCUCCAGCCAUAAGUUAUGGACAAGUUCAGUUAAACCUUCUAGUGUUAAGAGGAGGAGAUUCAGCAGAGAAGAGAAAUCUAAAGGUCCAGUUUCUGAACAGAGUUUGCCAGUGGUUCAUUCACUGAAAUUGGAAUCAGCGGUAGCAUCUGGGAUUUCAUUUGAGAACACGGUACCUCAGUCUGCCUGUUUGCCAGAAACCGUAGAUCUGGCUGUUCAGGGUGAUGGACAAGCUGCCACUUUGCAAAUUCGUGAUUCAAAGACAAGGAGGCUUAGUAGAGAGGAAAAGGGAAAAAAAGUGAUGGCUGUCUAUGAGUUGCGUCAUGCUGUUGAUACAGUGCAAGGAAAAUCCAAGCACAGGGCAGAGAAACUCGUUGAUGAAAUCGUUUCAAGAGCUAUUAAUUUGACAAUUCAGGAUGGAGAGCAAGUUGCAGAUACCGAUGGCAGUGCAACUGCUACAAGAAGAGUUCAUAGAGAAAGGUUUAGGGAUAUUGCUAGGCGAAAUGCUUCCAGGUUUGCCCAUUUCUCCUCUCAAGCGGAACAGGAGACCAAUGUCGCUGAUGAGGCUGCUGAGGAAAUUCCACAGGAGGUAAUGGAGAACGAAGAAAUAGAAGACUGGCCUGGUCCAUUUUCAACUGCUAUGAAGAUUAUUAGAGAUCGUGAAACAAACAUCAAGCAUCAGCAGCAGAGUAAAUCUGAGAAAAGUAAGAUUGAAGUGGUAUGGGUUCCCAAAAAGAACCAGCAGUGCCAAUCUAGAAAGCUGGUGGUUCCCUCACUACAAGACCUAUGCAUGGGCAUUUUAGUGAAGAAUGCAGAUGCAAUCACUUCACUUGAUUGUGUACCUGAUGCACUUAGGCACAAGAUAUGCCAGUCACUGUGCGACUCUCGGGAAAUGACGUAUCAAUUUUUUGAACUUCUUAUCCGUGGAUCUCCUACAGAGAUACGCAUAAGGGAUUGUUCAUGGUUGAACGAGGAGAAGUUCACACAGAGCUUUGAAGGAUGCGACACCAACAACUUGGUGGUGCUUCAACUGGAUCAGUGUGGUCGCUGUAUGCCAGAUUAUAUCCUAUUGGUUACAUUAGCUCGUUGUCCAAACAAUCUCCCUGCAUUGACGACCUUAUCCUUGAAAGGUGCAUGUCGUCUUUCGGAUGCUGGGCUGAAGGUGAUCAUCUCCGCAGCACCUAAUUUAAGGUCAAUGAAUCUUAGCCAGUGCUCUUUGCUGACAUGUGAUGGAAUUAGCUGUUUAUCUAAUUCAUUGGGAUCAGUUCUGAGAGAGUUAUAUCUAGACAAUUGUGAAGCAAUAGAUCCCAUGCUUAUUCUGCCAGCAUUGCUAAAGCUAGAACAUUUGGAAGUUCUAUCAGUAGCUGGAAUCCAGACUGUGUGUGAUGCUUUUAUUAAAGAAUUUGUCACUCAUCGAGGUCAGAGUCUGAGAGAGAUUGUUCUGAAGGGAUGCAUGGAAUUGACUGACUGUUCUCUGAAAGAUAUUUCACAAAACUGUCCUGGAUUGCGCGCUAUAGACCUGAGUGACUUGUGUAAAUUGACAGACUCUGCAAUUGGACAUCUUGCCACUGGUUGUAGAGAAGUUGAUAAUCUCAAAUUCUGUCGCAAUGCAUUCAGUGAUGAAGCUGUUGCUGCUUAUGUGGAGACUAGUGGGGCGUCUUUGAAGGAACUGUCUCUCAAUUGUGUCAAUAAGGUUUCACACAACACUGCAAUGUCUCUAGCCAAAUGUUCAAAAAAUUUGAUCAAUCUGGAUUUGUCUUGGUGCCGCAACUUGACAAAUGAAGCCUUGGGAUUGAUUGUUGAUAACUGCUUAUCGUUGGAAGUACUAAAAUUGUUUGGCUGUUCUCAGGUUACUAGUGUUUUUCUGGAUGGGCACUCAAAUUCCCAAGUUCAGAUCAUUGGAUUGAAGGGGACUCCGAUACUACAGUGCAUUGAGGCACCAGAUUCUCUGAAGCUGGGGCCGCUACGAUAUUCAGCAUUACCAUCUUUAGUAUGAUGAUUUUGUUAAAAUUAUUAAAAAUGGAGUUAGUAUCCUCUGUGAAUGCCAGAAGUCAUAAUCUCCCCCCUCACUUCCUUUUGAAACUAGACUAGAUAAGCUUUUGUGGUUAUGCUAUGUCAAAUGGAAACUUCCCAUGCUCAUGGAGAACAUUUUCCCAUAUCUGAAUUAUUGAACAUACUUUUAAUCUGAAUUAAUGAAAAAAGUUGUUUAUUAUUUUGUGAA